AGGAACAUUCAGUUGUGCCGCGAACGUUGUGCGCUUCACACGUGCUUCCUCCUCUCCUCUCAGUCACUCAGUCACUUAAUCGUUGCAGUGCCGGGCAAAAGCUUACAGCAUACUCGAAUAACUGUAAAAGAGAAUUAGAAAAGCUGUCAAAGUUCAUAGAAAAGAUCCAAGUGUCAUUCAGUGUUUUGUGUGUGGUUCCUUUUGAUGUCUGUAAACACCGAUCGAUCCUACAAAAUGAAAUUGCGUGAUGUGGAAAAUGCCUUCAAGUACAGGCGCAUACCGUACCCCAAGCGUUCUGUGGAGCUGAUAGCGCUGUUGGCCAUAUCGUGCACCUUCUUUCUGUUCAUGCACACAAACAAAUUGAACAGUCGCCUCAAGGAAAUGGAGGUGAAGCUGCAGCCAUCGGAAUUCUCGGCCCUGGGUCUAACCGGCAAUCACAUAAGCGGACAUGAUGCGGGCAAACACGAUGACAUCAAUACGCUUCACGGCACCUAUCAAUAUCUGAAGAGCACCGGUCAGAUGUCCUCGCUGAAUGUCCGUGAUCUGAACAAUACGCGAAAGGCACAAAUGGAGCUGGUCUUCUUUAAUCGUGUGCCCAAAGUGGGCAGUCAAACAUUUAUGGAGCUACUGCGUCGCCUCUCAGAGCGCAACAAUUUUCAAUUUCAUCGCGAUGCCGUCCAAAAGGUUGAGACCAUACGCCUCGCCGAGGAUCAACAGCAGGAGAUGGCCGAGGUGAUCAGUGAGCUACCCGAACCCUCGGUCUUUAUUAAGCAUGUGUGCUUUACCAACUUUACCAAGUUCAAUUUGCCAACACCCAUUUAUCUGAAUGUGGUGCGUGAUCCCGUUGAGCGUGUCAUCAGUUGGUUCUAUUAUGUGCGCGCUCCUUGGUAUUUUGUGGAACGUAAGGCCGCCUUUCCAGAUCUCCCACUGCCUCAUCCGGCUUGGCUCAAAAAGGACUUUGAAACGUGUGUCCUUAGCGGGGAUCAAGAGUGCACCUACACUCAAGGUGUUACUGUCGAAGGCAUUGGCGAUCAUCGACGCCAGAGCUUGUUCUUCUGCGGUCAUGAUUACGAGUGCACUCCCUUCAACACUGUGGGUGCUUUGGAGCGGGCCAAGUUUGCUGUGGAGCAACAGUAUGCGGUGGUUGGAGUAUUGGAAGACUUUAAUACGACGCUCUCCGUGCUGGAGAAAUAUGUUCCACGCUUCUUCGAGGGUGUGCGAGAUAUCUAUGCAAAUAGCGCCGAGUACUUGACCAAGAUAAACAAGAACAAUUUUAAGCCACCAGUCAGCGAGCACGUGAAGAACAUUGUGCGUCGCAACUUUACGAACGAGAUUGAAUUCUAUCAGUUCUGCCGCCAGCGACUGCAUAAACAAUAUUUGGCCGCUCAUUUGCCUCAAAAGAUUAUCACAGCGCAUCAAGGAGGCUUCGGGGGCAAUUAGCUCCCCGAUUUCCAGAUGUAUUGUGGUAUUGUAAAGAUAUACUCGAUCCUGUAGUCAAUUAAGUAAUGUGCGCUACCCUCCAUUCAAUCCACAUAUCGUAGAGUCUAGUUGUUUUCAUUGUGUAUAUUUCAAAUUGGUUAUAAAACAUAUAUUCAUAUUCUUAUCAAAUACAUAAAUAUAUUUAUAUUGUUUAGUUAGUGUUAAUGAACAAAAUGCAUUCGAAUUGUGAUGUCUUCAAGUGAACUGUUGAAAUUUGUUGUUUUUAAUACCUAGUUGUAAUUAGAGUUAAGACUUUUAAGCUCUCAAAACUGUAAAAAGAAAAUAAAUGAUAUUCUAAGAUCUACAAAUCUAUUUUAAAUAUUUUUAUUUUUGGAAUUUCACAAAUUCAUAAAAUAUCUUUCAAGUACUGACUUACUCACAUCGAAACUGCCGCCGCAAACUGAUUCCCAGUUAUGAGAAAAUGGACCAUGUCCUAUAUCGUGAAGGAGCGCUGCAAUCUCAACCGCAUGACGACACCACACUGGUAAAUCCAGUUCGUAAUUAGAAUUGCGUCUCAAAGCAUUAAGUUGAACUUGAGCGCUCUUGUAAGUGCUGAAAUUGGAAUCGACUUGAAUUUUUUGAAGUAUAUAAAGCGAGAUAACGGAACUCACCCAAUGCAAUGCUCAUAUCGCGUAUGAUCGGCGUUCGGUCUUUCGGCUAAGCUCAGCAAACCCAACUGCUUUAUGGACUUCAGGCGCUGGAAGAGCUUAUGAUUCACUAACUCUUCAAUGAAACUAGGCAGCUCGAUGACUCCGUGAACUUCAUCUUCGAUAAGCAUCUAAAAAUGCGGGUU